AGUCCACCAUUUUUUUCGACAAAUUCAUGCACCUUGGAUGUAGACGAAACAACGUUGCUAUCAUUGUGCUUACAAUUACCGUAAUCUUCCUGCUGUAUGAAUACCACUAUACUGCUACCUUACAUGGACGUUUCCUAGCUCUUCAAAGCAAUGGCGGGCAGGUUGGAAACCAGCUUUUUCAUUUAUGCUCUGGCUAUGCAAUAGCGAAAAAAUUGAACAGACGCCAUUAUAUACGAACUCUAAAGGCUGACGGAUUCUACAUAGGAAGACAUAUUCAGAAAAUUGAAGAAAUUUUUCCAAGACUAAAAAACACUUUCACUGUGAUGGAAGUAGGGGGCGAACAUCGCGAGCCUUUUGCGCUCACAAAGGAUGGAAAAGUGAGCUGCUGUGAAUACGAAGAUCCUAUAAGGUUACAGAACAACACUGCACAGUUUCUUGUGCUCGAUUUUCACUAUGCUCAAAAUGCACGUUACUUUGAGCCAAUUUUGCCGGAAAUUCGCUCUUUGCUGAAAUUUUCCCGCAAAGUUAUACGAGAAGGGAAGGAGAUAAUGAAGCUGUGGGGAGUAGAAAAUGCGAAUGCUGUUUGUGUUCAUAUACGACGCUCAGACUUUAUCGAACUGAAUCUAGCUACCGAUCUCGAGGAUACCGUUAGAAAACUACGACACAUUGCCACAAUCACGAACCUGAAUGAAUUUCUUAUCUUUGGUGAUGAUGCAGAUUUUAUGAGGAGAAUGGCCGAAACACUACGUCCGAAUCUAUGUUUAUAUCAGCACCAACGUCCACAUUUGGAUGGUGGCUAG